AUGGGUCUGGAGAAAAUUCUGUCUCUUAGAAAAAAUAUCUUCCCUCUUAUCAAGUUUAAGAUUGUUAAUGGAGAGAAGGUGUUUUUGUGGUUUGAUAAUUGGCAUCCUUUGGGUUCUUUAUGGGAUAGGUUUGGGCAUAGGAUUAUGUAUGACACGGGUCUUCCUUUCAAUUCCAAAGUUAGUGCUGUCAUAUCUAAUAAUGAUUGGAAGUGGCCUAUUGACAAUUCUUGGGAGAUCAAGGAGUGGAUUUCUUCUACUCCUAUUGAGCUUAAACCUAGUAGGGAUAUCCAGGAUUGUCCUGUCUGGAACCUGACUGUGGAUGGGAAUUUUACCAUACAAUCUGCUUGGGAUUGUUGGAGGGACAAGGGUACUAUGGUGCCUUGGGCUAAUCUUGUUUGGGGGUCUCCAUCCAUUCCUAGGGUCAGUUUUGUGGUCUGGAUGGCUAUUCAUGAGAGAUUAAACACGGGGAAUAGGCUGCAUCUAUUCGGCCUUGUUCCUAAUCCUACUUGUCCCCUUUGCCAUGGUCCUGUGGAGAAUCACUCUCAUUUGUUUUUCAGGUGUGUUUAUUCCUCUAGGAUCUGGGGAGACAUUCAAGUCAAGUGUAACAUUAGCUGGCUCCAAUUCUCCUGGCUGGAGUAUGUGGUCUAUGCUACUAAAUCCACCAAAGGCAAAGAUUUGAAGUCUGCUCUUACGAAACUCUCCUUUCUUUGCACUGUCUACCAGAUCUGGAUAGAAAGGAAUAGGAGGAUUUUUAGCAAGGAGUUUAAACCUGAGAAAAUUGUGACUAAUCUUAUUGUCCAGAUGGUUAGAGGUAGGAUGCUUUCUAUGUAUAAUCUGGCUAACUCUGCAGGUGAUGCAUGGUAUUUGUCACAAUGGAAUUUACCUACAACAAUUAUGAAGCAGCCCCAGGACAACAAUGCUGGAAGCAUAUUGAGUGGGGAUAGUUUACCUAUAUUGAGGGUUGAGUGA